AUGUGUGACCUGGACUUAUUUAUUUUGAACACAGCCUCUGAUGCGAAUCCCGAUGUAAAUUUAAAUCAACAGAUUUUACGAUCUCAAUAUUAUUCACCCCAUAAAUUCAACAGUCUUAAGAAAUCACAGUCAAAUCGUAUCACAGAUACCAGUUUCUCGAUGUUACAUAACAAC